CGCGGCUGCCAGGCUCCGCGCCUACCCUGCGGCGGCCGGCGCCGGGCCACGAGGAUGCGCGGCGCCGGGCUCUGAAGCAUGGAGGGGGUUCUGUACAAGUGGACCAACUAUCUCACAGGUUGGCAGCCUCGCUGGUUUGUGUUAGAUAAUGGGAUCCUGUCCUAUUAUGACUCUCAGGAUGAUGUGUGCAAAGGAAGCAAAGGAAGUAUAAAGAUGGCUGUCUGUGAAAUUAAAGUCCAUUCGGCAGACAACACAAGAAUGGAAUUAAUCAUCCCAGGAGAGCAGCAUUUCUACAUGAAGGCAGUAAAUGCAGCUGAAAGACAGAGGUGGCUGGUCGCUCUGGGGAGCUCCAAAGCAUGUUUGUCUGAUACUAGGACUAAAAAAGAGAAAGAAAUAAGUGAAACCAGUGAGUCUUUGAAAACCAAAAUGUCUGAACUUCGCCUCUAUUGUGACCUCCUCAUGCAGCAGGUUCACACAAUCCAAGAAUUUGUUCAUCACGAUGAAAAUCAUUCAACUCCCAGCGUUGAGAACAUGAAUGAAGCCUCUUCCCUGCUUAGUGCCACCUGUAACACAUUCAUCACGACACUCGAGGAAUGCGUGAAGAUAGCAAAUGCCAAGUUUAAACCUGAGAUGUUCCAGCUGCCUCAUCCGGAUCCUUUGGUUUCUCCCGUGUCACCUUCUCCAGUUCAAAUGAUGAAACGUUCAGUCAGCCACCCUGGUUCGUGCAGUUCAGAGAGGAGCAGCCACUCUAAGGAGCCAGGGUCUACGCUCCACCGGCUCUCCCAGCGGCGCCGAAGAACCUGCUCGGACGCAGACUCUUGUCACGAUGCUCCUCCUGAGGACCCAGAUAGACCUCUUCACUGUUCAAGAAAUACGCUUAAUGGAGACCUGACAUCGGCCACCAUUCCUGAAGAAAACAGACUUGGGGCCAAAAAAAAAUCUGAAUUGGAAGAUCCUCUUCCAUCCUCUUCUUGAGGAAACUGAAGGGUCCAACUUCCUCUAAGUAUUGCUAUGCAAAAGCUGCUGCAAUUACACUUGUUAUAGGGAGUAGUUUUUCCCUUUACUUAGAAUUUCUCUGCACUUUAUAGAAUAUUGUAAAACAAACAACCCACAUACUUUUGAAGUGUAUUUAUCUUUAUAUAGUUUAUUUGCAAGAGUAUUUUCCUAAUAACGUCACAGUAUGAAUGUGCAUCUUUUUUUUUUAAACAAAUGAUGGUGUAACAUUUUGACAUCCAUAAGGACAAAUGUAGAUAUUUUUCUAAAAAAAACUAUGAGGGACUGAUGGCUUGGUCAGUGUGUAUUGUAGCUUAUAAAGAUGAAAUCUCACCAUGUUGCAGUUUGACGGAGUAUGAUAUAUGUAACGUGUGCCAUGGACCAAAAGGUCACUUUAUUCUAGCCUAAAAUGAGGUACGAUGAAAGCUGGAUGGUGAUUGUAUUGUAUUCCUUUAAGCAAAAAGGGGACAUUAAAUAUUUUAAAUAUCUUCAGCCCAAAUACCAUGAUAUGUUGAGCAUUUAAAAAACAGUCAGACUCUGCUGUCCUUCAUAUGUGAAGUUGACACACUACUGAUUUGUCAAUACCAAAUGUGGAGUUAAAAUAUUUAAUUUUUAUUUAUUUAUUUUCCUAUUGCAUCAAAAGAUGAUUGCAUUUUAACUUUUAUGACCUACCAAAUUUAAGAUAUGUAUACAUUGUUACUUACACUGUUGUCUAAGAGGCAAAUGUUGUAGUGAUCUUGAUCACUUAUAUCAGAGAAAUAAAUGACUUUCAAUGGAA